GGCAUUUCAGUUUCAUUAAGAAGCCGUGUUCGAGAACAGAUCCAUUCAUUUUUAUUAAAAAGUUCUUAAAAUUUCGAAAAUUCGAAUUGAUAUUCAAAUAAGCAUAUCACAUAACGGUGGGAAAGUGAUUUUUAAAAAAAUACAUAGUGUGUGUGUCAAAAUACGCGUAAUUCAAAACAAACUAUUUGUUUAUUUUUUACGUGAAAUAAAUAUAAAAACUAUUUUUCUUCGAUUUCGUCCAUUUUUGCAAGAAGCAAUAAAAUCAAUUGAACAAAAAUCAAAAUGCAAUUAAAAUUAAUGCAUUCUCAAGCCCUUUGCCUUCUGGUAAUUAUUGCUUGCAUUUGUACUUUGGUAACUUGCCGUCCUUCAGAGCCGUCAGAGGACACAGAUGCCUACGAAUAUAAUGGCCACCUGAGUGCUGAAACAAUAAGAAAACUACAAAAAUGUGACAUGGACAUGGAUGUUAUGGAACUUUGUAUGCGAUGUGCUAAAGUCACAAAAUCCCAAAUAGUCUAUCCCUUGUGCUGUGACGAUGAAGAUGAUGUUCAAAAUUGGUGUCAAAGAUAUUUGUUUUUUGGACAAAAGUCGUAAAAAAAAACUGAGUACUUUUUGAAUGUAUUUUAUUUUAAACUUUGAAUAUUAUUUUGUACUUGUAUUAUUAAUUAUUUUUAAGUGCCAUUUUGAAUAUUUAUUAAUUUCUUUAUUUUAUUUUGUAAUCAUUUUUGUGGCUUUAGUUUGUAAAUAUCAUUUUUGAACUUA